UCAGUCCCCAGCAGGGGCGUGUCCAGGGAGUUCCCUGGGGUAGCACAUGCCACCCUUGGAAUCUGAUUGGCCACCCCAGGUGCCACCACACUAAUUUACCUUUAAAUAGGCUUUUCAUUGUCCACAAAAGGCUUGGAGGUAAAACAAUAAAAGCAUAACCAUUGGUGCCACCCAUGCACAAAGUUGUGCCUCACCUGGGCCACCCCAUUUUAAAAGAUCUGGACACGCCACUGGUCCCCAGAACAAACUGUUGUCCAGCUGUCUUCUGUCUCUUGUCCUUCUCCAUACACACUUGAGCCUUUACCAACACUAAUGAAGGCUGCAGGUGUUCGAGCAUGUUGAUGAAUUUAAAGUGUGGUGAUGUUGGUGAAAACGCCACCAGAGCACAAAGAUGCUCUUACCGAAUCAAACAGCAGAAUAAUGACACGUAUGCAGUUUCUCUUGUUCACAGCCCGUUUUCUUUCCACGCACUACGCACACAUCACGCGUCCGCAAGUGUGUUUUAUUUUGAAAGGUUGCCGGAAACGUUGGUUUUCCUUUCCGCCGCGGCAGUAGGCGUGUUGUAGUGACAGAAGACUGAGGAAGGAGAGGAGCCGCAACCUUCACCCUGAUCAUGGCCAAGCCGCUCACGGACCAGGACAAGCGGAAGCAGAUCUCCGUCCGAGGACUGGCCGGGGUGGAAAACGUGUCCGACCUGAAGACCAACUUCAACAGACACCUUCACUUCACCCUCGUCAAGGACCGGAAUGUUGCAACCAAACGGGACUACUACUUCGCCCUGGCCAACACGGUUCGGGACCACCUGGUGGGCCGCUGGAUCCGGACUCAGCAGCAUUAUUACGAGAAGGAUCCGAAGCGUGUCUACUACCUCUCCCUGGAGUUCUACAUGGGCAGGACUCUGCAGAACACCAUGGUGAACCUGGGCCUGGAAAAUGCCUGUGAUGAAGCCACCUAUCAGUUGGGUCUGGACAUGGAGGAGCUGCAGGACAUUGAGGAAGAUGCGGGUUUGGGUAACGGUGGACUGGGUCGUCUUGCUGCCUGCUUUCUGGACUCCAUGGCCUCCCUGGGGAUGGCUGCCUACGGCUACGGCAUUCGCUACGAAUUCGGCAUCUUCAAUCAGAAGAUUCUCAAUGGCUGGCAGGUGGAAGAGGCGGAUGACUGGCUCCGAUACGGAAACCCCUGGGAGAAAGCCCGGCCCGAGUACAUGCGCCCGGUCCACUUCUACGGCCGAGUGGAACACACGGCUGAAGGAGUGGAAUGGGUCGACACACAGAUGGUUCUGGCCCUCCCCUACGACACCCCGGUUCCUGGUUACAGAAACAACAUUGUGAACACCAUGAGGCUGUGGUCUGCAAAGGCUCCCUGUGACUUCAACCUCAAGGACUUUAAUGUUGGCGGCUACAUCCAGGCGGUGUUGGAUCGGAACCUGGCUGAGAACAUCUCCAGAGUUCUCUACCCAAACGACAACUUUUUUGAGGGAAAGGAGCUGCGCCUGAAGCAGGAGUACUUCGUUGUAGCAGCAACUCUUCAGGACAUCAUCCGACGAUUCAAAGCCUCCAAGUUUGGCUCCACAGAAUUUGUCCGGUUGGACCUUUCUACGAUGCCAGACAAGGUUGCCAUCCAGCUGAACGACACUCAUCCUGCUCUCGCCAUCCCAGAACUGAUGAGGCUCCUUGUGGACACUGAAAAGCUCUCAUGGGAAAAGGCCUGGGACAUCGUGGUUCGUACCUGUGCCUACACCAACCACACCGUCCUGCCCGAGGCUCUGGAGCGCUGGCCGGUUGACCUGUUCCGAAACCUGCUGCCGCGACACCUGGAGAUCAUCUACGAGAUCAACAGGCGGCAUCUGGAGCGCAUCGGCAAACUUUAUCCCGGAGACUUUGACCGUCUCCGCAGGAUGUCCCUGAUCGAAGAAGGGGACAUCAAGAAAAUCAACAUGGCUCACCUGUGUAUUGUGGGGUCCCAUGCCGUUAAUGGAGUGGCCCGCAUCCACUCAGAAAUCAUCAAGAACACCGUGUUCAAAGAUUUCUACGAUAUCGACCCUCAGAAGUUUCAGAACAAGACCAACGGUAUCACACCCAGGAGGUGGCUGGUCAUGUGCAACCCCGGCCUUGCUGAGGUCAUUGCUGAGAGGAUUGGAGAGAACUACAUCCGUGACCUGGACCAGCUGAAGAAGCUUUUGGACUUUGUAGAUGAUGAUGCCUUCAUCAGAGAUGUGGCAAAGAUCAAGCAAGAGAAUAAGCUGAAGUUUGCUGCCCACCUGGAGGAACACUACAAGGUGAAGAUCAACCCCAACUCCAUGUUUGAUCUCCAGGUGAAGAGGAUCCACGAGUAUAAAAGGCAGCUGCUGAACUGCCUGCACAUCAUCACACUGUACAACCGCAUCAAGAAGGAACCCAACAAGCUGUGGACCCCUCGAACCAUCAUGAUUGGAGGAAAGGCUGCUCCGGGUUACCACACAGCCAAAAUGAUCAUCAAGCUGAUCACAUCCAUCGGUGAUAUUGUAAACAAUGACCCUGUGGUGGGAGAUCGCCUUAAGGUCAUCUUCCUGGAGAACUACAGAGUCACUCUGGCUGAGAAAGUUAUUCCUGCAUCAGACCUGUCUGAGCAGAUCUCCACCGCUGGCACCGAGGCUUCUGGCACUGGAAACAUGAAAUUCAUGCUGAACGGGGCCCUCACCAUCGGCACCAUGGAUGGAGCCAAUGUGGAGAUGGCAGAAGAGGCUGGAGAGGAAAACAUGUUCAUAUUUGGCAUGAGGGUGGAAGAUGUGGAUGCUCUGGAUAAGAAAGGCUAUGAUGCAGUGUCGUACUACAACCGACUCCCAGAGCUGAAGCAGGCCAUAGAUCAGAUAUCCGGAGGUUUCUUCAGCCCAGCUCAGCCGGGCCUUUUCAAAGACCUGGUCAACAUGCUGAUGCACCAUGACAGGUUCAAAGUGUUUGCAGACUAUGAAGACUACAUCAAAUGUCAAGAGAAAGUCAGCGCUCUCUACAAGAACCCCAAAGAGUGGACCAAGAAGGUGAUCCGUAACAUCGCUGGCUGUGGUAAGUUCUCCAGUGAUCGCACCAUUUCCCAGUAUGCCAGGGAGAUCUGGGGGAUUGAACCCAGUUUGGAGAAGAUUGCCGCCCCAGACGAUCCUCGCUAAAGAACGACCACUGCUUCCUUCACAACACGCUCCAGCCUGCAGACCAGCCCUGUAGCUCCUCACUUUGCACUGUGGCUUUAGCCUUCUCUUCUUCUUCAUUUUGCACUUACUGGGAUUGGAAAUACGUACUUCAGUUUUCGCACUCUUGCCUAUUUUGAAUCCAUGCAGAGUUUUUGUCUUUUGAGACAAUGUUUUACUGAAUGAAAGCAUUUAUUGAGUCCUAGAUGUUUUAAGCAUAGUGGAUUAAAAAUAUUACAUUUAACUGAUAAAGAUGGACUUCUUGAUUAGUCUCUAACCAAACUUGAACCAUAACAAGAAUCCAUCAGAACGCAGAUUAACCUGAGCGCUGUGGUUCCAUGAGAAGGGACCGAGGAUGUGGCCGCGUCGCUCUGAAGGAAGACACUUUUCCAUGUUUCUAGAGCAUCGAUAUUUAUAUUAAUAUUUAUUUUGACUGAGAUGUGUUUUAUGGUGUUAGCUGAAUGUAUUUUGUUCUAAUAUUAGCUUUAAUAUAAUGAUAGAGGAGCACGCCAUCACAGAUGGAGUUGUUGUUGUAAUCUCAGCAUGUUUGUGAGCUUCGUGUUUUUGUCUUUUCCUGAAAGUGAUGCGUGUUAGAAAACGAGAGGGCCUGAAACACGGCUGGUGAAGGGGAACACGUGUGUAUUCUGUGUGAAACAUAGAUUAACGUGUACUGUAACUUCAUUGAUGUACUGUAACUGUAUCAUCCUGCUCUCCUGCUGCCUGCACAUGCCUGUCUGACUUAUGUGGAGCUCAUUUAACUGUCAGUCUUUUAUUUAGUUCAGUAAAUAAACCUGAUGAGUGUG